AAGCCGGGGCCAGGAGGGGCGCGGCCUCCGCGCGCGGGCAGCGCCGACCCCGCCUUUGGAAUUCCCGGGCCCGAACUUCGCGCCGAGCGAGCCCGCCCCCCGUGCCGUUCCUGAUUGGCCGGCUCAUUUGUGCUCCUCCUCUCCAUUGGGCGGCGCGCUUGGAGGCUCUCCGAUCUCCCGCCUUCCGCUUUUUCUGAUUAGUUCACAAGUUUUCCCGGGUUCCCGGAGUUGGGAGGAGCCGCCGGGGCGCGGAGCUGCCCCAACGCCUUAGUUGGGCCCGGCUUCAGACACUACUGCGCCUGCGUGCACCUCUUCCCCUCCUCCUUCCGGGGUGAAACGGGCUUUAGAGCGGCCCGCCAACCUGCGCGCUUUGCGCAGGCGCGGUCAGGGGCGGAGGCCGCGCCCGGGAGCAAGGUGUAGGGGGUGUGGUCAAAGGGCAGAGGUGGGCUCUCGCGCUGGGGGCUUUCUCUUUGGAAGGUGGCCUGAAAGUUGAAUUGGAGUGUCCUUGUUUCUCCUAUUGUCCAGGGGAACAUAGAUGGCUGGACACUGAAUCUAGAGGCUUCAAAUAAUGUGGAGAUGUUUCGACCUUCAGGUUCCACUGGGCUGAUUCCCCCAUCCCACUUCCAAGCUCGGCCCCUUCCAACUGUGCCAAGAAUGGCUCCCACUUGGGUCUCAGACAUUCCCCUGCUCCAACCCCCAGCCCAUCAAGAUGUCUCAGAAAGGCGGCCAGACAACCAGAGACCUCAAGUGAUCAUGUGGGAACGAGGUGUUUCUGACAAUGGGCAGGAGCCAGGGCAGAGAGGCAGGUCCAUAGAGGGGUCGCAGGCCCUGAGCCAGCAGGCUGAGCUGAUCUCUCGGCAGCUGCAAGAGCUGCGGCGGCUUGAGGAGGAGGUCCGGGUCCUGCGGGAGACCUCGCUGCAGCAGAAGAUGAGGCUAGAGGCCCAGGCCAUGGAGCUGGAGGCUCUGGCACGGGCGGAGAAGGCCGGCCGAGCUGAGGCCGAGGGCCUGCGUGCUGCCUUGGCUGGGGCCGAGGUUGUCCGGAAGAACCUGGAAGAGGGGAACCAGCGGGAGCUGGAGGAGGUUCAGAGGCUGCACCAAGAACAGCUCUCCUCCUUGACGCAGGCUCACCAGGAGGCUCUGUCCAGUUUGACCAACAAAGCUGAGAGCUUGGAGAAGUCUCUGAAUAGUCUGGAAACCAAGAGGGCAGGAGAAGCCAAGGAGCUGGCCGUGGCCCAGAGGGAGGCUGAGCUGCUGCGGAAGCAGCUGAGCAAGACCCAAGAAGACCUGGAGGCUCAGGUGACCUUGGUUGAGAAUCUAAGGAGAUACGUGGGGGAACAAGUCCCUCCUGAGGUUCACAGCCAGACGUGGGAAUCAGAGAGACAGGAGCUUCUAGAAACUGUGCAGCACUUGCAGGAGGACCGGGAUGGCCUGCAGACCACGGCAGAGCUGCUGCAGGUGCGCGUGCAGAGCCUCAUGCACAUCCUCUCCAUGCAGGAGGAGGAGCUGGCCAGGAAGGUUCAACCUUCAGAUUCCCUGGAGCCCGAGUUCACCAGGAAGUGCCAGUGCCUGCUGCAGGGCUGGCGGGAGAAGGUGUUUGCCCUCAUGGUGCAGAUGAAGGCCCAGGAGCUGGAGCACAGAGGAUGCAGGGAGCAGCUGAAGGGACAGGUAGCAGAGCUCCAGGAAAGAGCUGCAGCCCAAAGCCAGGAGCAGGCCAUCCUGCAGCGCUCCCUGCAGGACAAAGCCGCAGAGGUGGAGGUGGAGCGGAUGGGUACCAAGGCCCUGCAGAUGGAGCUGAGCCGUGCUCAGGAGGCUCAGCGCCGGCGGCAGCAGCAGGCAGCCUCGGCGGAGGAGCAGCUGAAGCUUGUGGCCAGUGCUGUCAGCAGCUUUCAGACCUGGCUCCAGAGCACCAUGGCCAAGGUGGAGCGAGCCGCAGCCCGGCUGCCCAGCCUCAGCAGCCGAGUCAGCUAUGCUGUCCGCAAGGUUCACACCAUUCGGGGCCUGAUGGCUCGAAAACUGGCCCUUGCUCAGCUGCGCCAGGAGAGCUGCCUCCCACCCCCACCGGCCACAGAUGUGAGCCUUGAGUUGGAGCAGCUGCGGGAAGAACGGAACCGCCUGGAUGCAGAACUGCAGCUGAGUGCCCACAUCCUGCAGCAGGAGGUGGGCCGGGCCCGGGAGCAAGGGGAGGCAGAGAGGCAGAAGCUGAACGAAGUCACCCAGCAGCUGGAGCGGGAGCUGCAGCGGACCCAGGAGUCCCUGGCCAGUGUGGGGCUGCAGCUGGAAGCGGCUCGUCAGGGCCAGCAGGAGAGCACCGCGGAGGCCGCCAGUCUCCGGCAGGAGCUGACCCAGCAGCAGGAGAUCUACGGGCAAGCUCUGCAAGAGAAAGUGGCCGAAGUGGAAACUCACCUGAGGGAGCAGCUCUCAGAAACAGAAAGGAGACUGAACGAGGCUCGGCGGGAGCAUGCCAAGGCCGUGGUCUCACUGCGUCAAAUCCAGCGCAAAGCCACCCGGGAAAAGGAGCGGAACCAGGAGCUCAGGCGCCUGCAGGACGAGGCUCGGAAGGAGGAGGGGCUGCGGCUGACCCAGCGCCUGCAGGAGCUGGAGAGGGACAAGAACCUCAUGCUGGCCACCUUGCGGCAGGAGGGUCUCCUCUCCCGUUACAAGCAGCAGCGACUGUUGGCAGUUCUUCCUUCCCUGCUGGAUAAGGGGAAGUCUGCGGAGUCCAGCCCCAGGCCCCCAGGGUCUUCAGCACCUGCCCCUCCAGCAGCGGCAGCCUCCACCAGGGAGUCCAUAAAAGGAUCCCUCUCUAUCCUGCUUGAUGACCUGCAGGGCCUGAGUGAGGCCAUUUCCAAAGAGGAAGCUGUUUCUCAAGGAGACAACCAGAACUCUCCUGCUCCAGUCUCCUGCUGAGUAGCCGGGCGGGUGCACUGAGCAGCUGGGAGCUCAAGGGGGGCCGGGAGGCUCGUGGAGAAGUGGGGUGGUGGUGGGGGGCCAGCCCAGCCCUCUUCCCCAUCCAGCUGCCCUCGGGACACCAGGCACCAAGAUGUCUGUGAAUUCUGCUGUGGCUCAAUAAAGAUGACUACAGUAGGAGCCGUUGUUUGGACAUGUUAUCUCUGGGAAUAUAAGGGAAGUCUCUCUUCAGGGGAGUGUGAGAAGUGGUCCCACACACAGCUCUCUCUCUAGAUGGUACCUCUUUCAAAACUCCUUUCCUAGGCUGCUUGGGAAGUUUUUUGAGAAGCUCCAGGUUUUCUUUAUUCUCAACUUUUGUUUUAAAACUCUUUUUACUGCUCAGGGUGGGCCUGGUGGCCUAGUGGUUAAGUUCACGUGCUCUGCUUUGGCGGCCCAGGGUUUGCAGGUUCAGAUCCUGGGCGUGGACUGACACACAGUUCAUCAAGCCAUGCUGUGGCGGUGUCUCACAUACAAAAUAAAGGAAGAUUGGCACAGAUGUUAGCUCAGUGACAACCUUCCUUAAUCAAGAAGAGGAAGAUUGGCAGUAGAUGUUAGCUCAGGGCCAAUUUCUUCACCAAAAAAAAAACUCUUUACCUCUGGAAGAUGAUCAGUGCCAGGGAUGAGGAUGAUAAAGCAUUCACUCGUUCAACGGGAAUCUUAGAGCCAGGUGGUGUCCUAGCUCAAGGCUACAGUGGCAGCUGACAGGCAGGUCCCUGCUCCCAUGACGCAUCCAUCCUAGUGGGACAGACAGAUGAUGGACAAGUACCUCAAUGAAAGAGCAUUUCAGACAGUAGCAAGUGCUAUGAAGAGAAAAUAAAUUACAAUGAUGAGAUAGAAACUGACUCUGUGGGUAGGGGCAGCAUUAGAUGAGGGGAAAGGCCUCUCUGAAGAGGGGACGUUGUGCUAAGACCUUAGUGGAGUGAGGAGCAAGCUGUGUGACCACCUGGGAGAAAAGUUCCUGCAGAGGGCAGGAGGGAGAGUGAUGGGGGAGAGGCCUCCCUCCUCUCCAGCCUGGAGAGGCUGCAGGGAGAGGCCAAGACCUGGCAGGGUUUGGAUUUUCUUCUAAGUCAAUAGAAAGCCCUUGGAGUACUUUUUAAACAGGGAAGCAGCCACACAGCUAGAUUUAUGUUUUUAAGAGAUCCCUUGGCUGGCUGUGGAGGCCAGGUUUGGGUGUGGGAAAGGGAUGAAGAGUGGGAGCAGGGAGACCAAUUAGGACAGUGU